CAUUGACUGAUCUCUUGAAUAUUUUUUCCUUUUAUUUACAAAAGGAAAAAAUGAGUUCUCAAGUCUCAUGGUUGGUUAUUGGGGUGAUGAGUGUUGUGUUGAUUCUCAACUUGGAGUAUACCGUUGUGAAAGGAGGAGCCUCUGAGGAGACUAAGAUCCACAUAGUGUACCUUGGUGAAAGAGAGCAUAAUGACCCGGAGCUUGUAACGGCCUCGCAUCUCCGCAUGUUAGAAUCAUUACUUGGAAGCAAGAAAGAUGCGAGUGACUCCAUUGUUCAUAGUUAUCGACAGGGUUUCUCCGGCUUUGCCGCCCAUCUUACGGAUUCUCAAGCGAAAAAGAUCGCAGAGCAUCCGGAUGUACUUCAAGUGUCACCCAAUACUUUCUACGAGCCUCAAACGACAAGGGUAUUUGAUUACUUGGGGCUUUCUCCAAGCUCACCUAAAGGACUUCUUCAUGAUGCCAAGAUGGGUGAGGAUGUCAUCAUCGGUAUCUUGGACUCAGGCGUGUGGCCAGAGUCGCCAUCGUUUAGUGACAAAGGGUUAGGGCCGAUCCCGAAAAGAUGGAAAGGAACGUGUGUGGACGGUGAAAAUUUCGACUCGAAGAAGCAUUGCAACAAGAAGCUGAUAGGAGCAAGGUAUUACAUGGACGGCCUGUUCAAGAAAAACAAGACGGACAGCGGAAUACCAAGCACAGAAUACAUGUCUGCGAGGGAAUCCUUGCCUCACGGGUCCAAUGUGGCCUCCAUAGCAGCAGGCGCCUUCGUCCCAAAUGUGAGUGACCACGGGUUUGGAAUGGGUACAGCGAGAGGAGGGGCACCUAAAGCACGUAUCGCCAUGUACAAAGUGUGUUGGCACAGAGAAGAUGGCUCAUCCUCGAGCUCGGACAUACUAAAGGCCAUGGACGAUGCCAUAGGGGACGGAGUGGACAUUAUAUCGAUUUCUUUAGGAAGUCCGAUCCCUAUAUUAAGUGAAAUCGACGUUCAUAAUGUGUUCUCGUAUGGAGCGUUCCACGCAAUCUCCAAGGGCAUUACAGUGCUCAUGGCAGCAGGCAACUCCGGACCGGAUGCUUACUCCGUCCAGAACAUAGCUCCAUGGAUAAUAACAGUGGCUGGUACCAACCUUGACCGGUGGUUUCCCACACCUCUGACACUAGGAAACAAUGUGACAUUAUUGGCACGAACCCCAUUCGGAGAUCCUGAAUUCCAAGCAGAACUCAUAUACGUAGACAGCUCAAAAAAGAUAACCAGUGCAGCACGAGGAAAAGUGGUGCUGUGUUUUAUAACUUCUGACAGUGUAGAAACUCCAGAUGAUUAUUUAACUCAACAAUUGGAAGUUGAGGCGAAGGGUUUAAUCAUUGCAAGCAGAAGAAGUGAUAUGGUGGGUGUUUCACAAAAUUUGGUUUUGCUCAAUAUCGACUAUGCACAAGGGACCACAAUGUUGAACUACAUAAAAUCCACCAGUACGCCAACCAUAAAAGUGAGUCCUUCAAUCACACUCACUGGACCAAUUGUAGCUACCAAGGUUGCUGAUUUCUCCAGCAGAGGACCCAAUUCUGUAUCUCCAUAUGUUCUCAAGCCCGAUAUUGCUGCACCAGCUGUAGCCAUAAUGGCAGCUUGUACCCCAGAAAAAAUGAACUACGAGAACGGAUUCACUGCUGACUCUGGCACUUCAUUGGCAACACCUGCGGUUGCCGGUGUGGUUGCUCUACUCAAAGCUGUGCAUCCUGACUGGUCUCCUGCCAUGCUUAAAUCAGCUCUCAUCACUACAGCUUCCACAACGGAUCCCCAUGGAGAACCAAUCUUCUCAGAAGGAUUAUCACGGAAACUAGCUGACCCUUUUGAUUUCGGGGGAGGACUAAUGAGCCCAGACAAAGCAGCAAACCCUGGUCUUGUCUAUGAUGCAGAACCAGAAGACUACAGGCGUUUUAUGUGUGCUUCUAAUUAUGAGGAGAAGUACAUUACCACAAUGUCACAGCAAAACGUGCUAUAUAAAUGUCCGAGUCCAAGGCCGUCUAUGCUCGAUCUCAAUUUGCCUUCUAUCACCAUUCCAUACCUCAAGGAAGAUGUGACUCUCACAAGAACCGUAACCAACGUUGGACCAGUCUACUCCGUAUAUAGAGUCAUCGUUCAGCCUCCUAUGGGUGUCAAAAUCUCCGUCACGCCCAAGAUAUUGGUCUUUAACUCCAGAGUUAAGAAACUCAGCUACCAAGUCACUGUCUCCACAACUCACAAAGCCAAUUCUAUUUACUUUUUCGGGAGUUUGACUUGGACUGAUGGCAUUCACAACGUCGUCAUCCCAUUAUCUAUCAGGACACAAAUGUUGAAGUACUUUGACCAAUAAGUUCAGUUCACAUUGUUUUCAUCAUCAUAUCGUCCAAGUAACUCAUAAUAACAUCGAAUCAAUGUAACUUUGUAAGAACAAGUGCAUCAAGUCCCUUCAGCAAUAAGUGUUGAUGUUUUCUCCCACUCUGCUUUAAACAAGUUCAUGUUUCUUGUUGUAUUGUUCAUUCUGCUUCUACUGUCCAAACGAGUUUGGAA